GCGGAGGGGACACGUUACGGCCCGGCGCCGGGGCCAUGAGUUCCGCCAUGAAAUAUGGCCUCGUUGGCGACAGUUCAUUGUACACCAAGCGGAACAAUAAAAAGAAGUCCUAUAUCUCCACGGUCUUGCGUGACACGUAUCGCUUCGCGAACCUCACCGAGCGGAUCUUCCCUGGGGGCGGUGUGCGGGACCUCAUUAGCUACUUGAAAACUGGCCCAGAGCUCGACGUAUUGGGCGUGAGCUACUUUGGCAAUGAGCAUACCUUGAGGGCCAUGGACGUGAAGAUUCAUGGAAAAUACUGGCAGGAUGUGUUUCGCUGGUGCCGAAAGGUCGCUGGCCGGGUCGUGUUUUUCAUUGGCGGAUAUGCGGCCAAGUACACCUAUGGCCGGGUCUACGAUGAGAAUCUGAACAUCAUCAAGCGCUGGAUCAAGGAUGCUGGCUUUCAAGUGGUGGAAGCACGCCAGGAGGUAAGCCGAUGGGAGCUUGCAGCCGACAAGCUGCAUUUUUCUGUGGAAUGCCUUCCUGAGUUGGCGGCCUUCUGGAGCCAGCUGCUGAUGCCCCGCAAAUUUGUCCGCCCGGGAAAGCGCAAGGAGCGCCUUGAGCCCGAUGCGUCGCCGGAGAUCCCACUGGUCAAGAAGGCUCGCAAGGAUCCCCGCGACAAAUGGCUCCUCCCUGCGUAUCAAAAGAGCGUGCCGAGAACCCCCGCGCCGCGCCCGCCGAGCCCGGACUCGGAUGGUGAAAGCAGCGAUGAUUGGACAAAGGGCCAAGAAAGGGCGGCACGUUUGGAACGGGACAAGAAGAAAUUGAAUGAUGAGCUUGCCAUGCGUCGCAUGAAGAUGCUGAAAGCCCGUGGUCUCCUUCCCCCUGAGCCAAAUCAGUCGAAGCCGCGACGCAUUCCGCCACGGCAGUUUUAGGAACACGGGACACGGCGCAGGCCUUGGUUCACAUUGAAAAAACCGGCUUGGC